CGAACAAACUCUCACAAGUCCAAGUGUUGGUGCGUGGAUAGGGCGAGCAGGCACAAGUGCUCCCAUUUGUAGUUUGUUUAAUUCUCGCCCGCUGUUAUCAAGAGGUGCGCGCGCAAUGCAGCAAGCACCAGUGUCGUGUAUACCAACAAACAACAAGAUGUCAAAGGCGAAGAAGGUGCUGGACGAAGCCAAAGAAAUCGGCAAUCCGGAGCUCGACCUGAUGGACAAAGGCAUUUCAGCCUUCGAAGAGAUGCCCGGCCUGCUGAACAUGAUUAACAUCACUCGAUUGACUCUGAGCCACAACAAACUUCACACCAUUCCGCCUAGCCUUGCCAACUUGACAAACCUGGAAAUUCUGAAUUUCGCCAACAACCAGAUUGAAGAGCUGCCCACCUCGCUAUCCUCCAUGCCGAAACUGCGUAUUCUCAAUCUGAGCAUCAACAGGCUGAACUCCCUGCCCAGAGGAUUUGGCGCCUUCCCUGCCCUGGAGGUCUUGGACCUGACCUACAACAACCUGAACGAAAGCAGUCUGCCUGGGAACUUUUUCAUGAUCGAAACUCUCCGCGCGCUCUACCUGGGCGACAACGACUUUGAGUUCCUCCCUCCCGAGGUGGGAAACUUGAAAAACCUGCAGAUUCUUGUGCUGCGUGAAAAUGAUCUGAUCGACAUCCCAAAGGAAAUUGGUGAAUUGCAGCGCAUCAGGGAGAUCCACCUGCAGGGCAACAGGCUGACAAUGCUGCCCCCUGAGCUGGCUACGCUGGACAUGGUCAGCAGCAAGUCCGUGCUCAAGCUGGAGAACAACCCCUGGGUCACCCCCAUUGCUGACCAGCUCCAGAUUGGAGUCUCUCACGUACUGGACUACAUUCGCACUGAGACCUACCGAUAUCUUUACAACCGUCACAUCUCAAGCCGUGGGGCUCCGCCGCCAAAGACAAUUGACAAGAGCAAGAAGGCCUCUCGUUUGCCACGAAGGCAGCAAAGCUAGUCCGCUCGCAAUCGAAGCAACAAAAAUAUCGGUGCCUACUUUGACAAAUAUAAUGUUAACUAUUCUAAUUAGAUGAGAUCUAAUCAAGCCUUAUUUCUCUUGGUGCCUUGUAUCACUAAAUUAUUAAUAUUUUUAGAAUCUUGACGCCAUGUAACUGCCUUUUACAGAAUUGUUGUCAGUAUUAUAAAAUGAAGAUUAACCUACGCUGCACAAGACUAAAUGUUAUAAAAUUUAAAAUUUGUUACAAUAAUAAUAGUAAUUUGUUUGUACUCAAAAUUUA